AUGGCAACAGCCACAGUCCCCUCCUUUGACUCGAAUGACAAACUCUUCGACAAAGGCCAAGCCUUCUGGAACAACUACCUCAAAGGCCGCCCCUCCGCGCCCGACGUCUUCUUCCAGCGCCUCUUCAACUACCACCAAUCCCACGGCGGCCAGUUCGGGACGGUGCACGAUGUCGGCGCCGGCAACGGGCCCUACGCACACAUCCUGCGCUCCAAGUUCCACCAUGUCAUCAUCUCCGACAUCGCGCAGGAGAACGUGGUCCUCGCCGAGGAUCGUUUGGGCACGGACGGGUUCAGCUACCGCGCAGCCCGGGUCGAAGAGGGCGACGACAUCGCCCCCGGCAGCGUGGACAUGGUCUUCGCGACCAACGUCCUGCAUUUCUGCGACCAGCCGCUCGCGAUGAGCGAGAUCGCGCGCCAGCUCCGGCCCGGGGGUACUUUUGCCUGCGCGGCCUUUGGCGCGGCGCAGUUCGAGGACCCCCGCAUCCAGGACGUCUACACUCGCAUCAACCAUUCCGGCGGCCGCGCCCUGCUGGCCAAGGCCGAUGAUCCGCAGAAGCUGGUUGCCGUCAUGGCCCGCACGCAGGGCCAGUACAAUGUCGCCCCGUUGGACGAGGGGCUGUUUCGGCCCCGGGCGCAGCGCGUUUACCUCAACAUGGAGAACGGCGGCAUCACCGCGCCCUUGCCGCCGGAGGUGCAGGUCCACGAGCCUGUCUAUGCGGGCGUGGACGAUGUCGAGACCUUUGUGCAGGAGGAUGGGUGGAGCUUUGUGACUGGGCUUGAGGGUGUGAAGGAGCAUGUCUUGUCGUUUCCGUUUGCGAGGGAAGAUCCGCAUUUCGGGGAGCUGUGGCAGGAGAUGGAAGAGAUCAUUGGCGACGAUGUGGUCAAGGGAACUUGGCCUGCGAAGACCACCGACCGGUUGCCCAGUGACAAAGCUACCACCAUGCCCGCCCCCGCCGCCACCCAAACCGCCACCUUAAACAAGUUCAUCGACGGCUGGAAAGGCUGGACGCCGGACGGCUUUCUGGCCAGCUGGUCCGACGACUGCGCGCAAGUGACUCUGCCAUUCAGCUCGGGGGUCCCGCCUCGCACCCGGGCCAUCACCGAGAAGCUCUUCCCCAAGCUCAUGUCCAUUCUGACCAACUUUCAGCUGACGGUGCACAACGUUAUCCACGAUCCAGCGGAGAGCAAAGCGGUCAUCUACGCCAUCACCACGGCCGACUCGCCCUUCGGGCCGUACAAGAACGAGCACGCGUGUUUUGUGUGGUUUGAUGAGAGUGGCGAGUCCGUGAAUCGGAUCGAGGAGAUGUUUGAUGGGGUGUUUAUGAAGAGCUUCCUGCCGAAGUUGGAGGCGUAUAUUAAGGGGCAGGAGGAGGCUUGAGCACAGGUAGAUAGAUAUCUGACGGUAAUUGGAUGUGAG